CGUCACAGCGGCUUCUGAUUGGCUGCUCGCCUGGCCGGGGCACUUGGGUCUCUUUUCUCGCGCCACUUUCAGGCGCUUUGGCGCGAGAGCGUGAAGUUGCGGGCCGGGUUUGGAGGCGCUGCGGGCGGCAGUCUGCUCCCUCUCCGCCAUGGAUUUGAGCGAGAGCCCGCGCGACGGGGCUGGCGACGGCUGCCGUGGAGAAGCUGAUUCUGCAAACCUUACAGCUUCACGUUCACGCCGUGAGAAGAAAGUUAAAAAAGGGAGACAAGAAGCAUUAGAACGUUUGAAAAAAGCAAAAGGUGGUGAGAAAAUAAAAUAUGAGGUUGAAGAGUUCGCAAAUGUUUAUGAUGAAAUUGAUGAAGAACAAUACUCCAAGAUUGUCAGAGAACGGCAGGAUGAUGACUGGAUUGUGGAUGAUGAUGGUGUUGGCUACGUAGAAGAUGGCAGGGAGAUUUUCGAUGAAGAGUUGGAAGAUGAUGCUCUUGAUCCCAGCAAGAAAAGAAGAAGAGACACAACUUCUGCAAAUGACAAGAAAAAUGUGAAGAAGCCUUUGGUAUCGAAACCAAACACUAUAAAAUCUAUGUUUAUGGCCAGCACUGGGAAGAAAAGUGCCGACAAAGCUGUUGACCUGUCUAAGGAUGAUUUGCUAGGAGACAUUUUGCAAGAUCUAAAUGCUGAGACAGUUCCUUUAGCACCACCACCGGUUGUAGUUCUAAAAAAAAAGAGGCUUUUUGGAACACCAUUGAAUCCCUUUUCUGUGCAGUCUCAAGUGUCCAAGAGAACGUCUUCUGAGGUGAGAAAACCUGUCAAAAAAGAAGUUUCUUCACCAAAUUCAUCUCAUUCUAAGAAUUCAGUCUACACAGCUAGAUCAGAUGUAGUCAAAGAAGAGAGAACUGAACCUGAAAAUGGAAUGCAAAUGGUUGAAAAUGGAGAACGGGAAAAAGCUAAACAAGAGGAAGCUACUAUAGAAGAUGAACAGGCUAUAAUGGAUUUUGAUGACGGGGACUUUGAUGAAUCUAUGGAGGAAGGUGCAGUUGUAGAAGAAUCGGUCACAAUCCUGAAGGAAGAGGUGAAAACAGAAGAUAGACAAAUACAGCAAGUGGACUCUGUGAAAACAGGCUCAUAUUUCUUAAACUCUCCCAUCCCUGAUGUUUCUUGUUGGGACAGAAUUGAUGAUGAUGAAGAAGAAGGGCAUCUAGCUUCCGAAAUUCAAGUGGAUUCCAGUCAGUUGCCUUUGAUAAAUGGGGAAGAUGGGGAACAAAUCUUCAGGUUCUAUUGGCUAGAUGCUUAUGAAGAUCAGUAUAAUCAACCAGGAGUGGUAUUUCUCUUUGGUAAAGUAUGGAUUGAAUCGGCACAGUCCUAUGUGAGCUGUUGUGUGACAGUAAAAAAUAUUGAGAGAACUAUUUACCUACUCCCACGUGAGUCGAAGCGAAUUAAUUUAUCUUCUGGUGAAGAGACAGAGAAUCCUGUGACUAUGAUGGAUGUUUAUCAAGAAUUUAAUGACAGGAUUGCAGAAAAACACAAGAUCAUGAAGUUCAAGUCCAAGAAAGUAGAAAAGAAUUAUGCUUUUGAGAUACCAGAUGUUCCUGCAAAAUCUGACUACUUAGAAGUUAGAUACUCGGCUGAAUACGGUCGGCUUCCUCAAGACCUGAAAGGAGAGACAUUUUCUCAUGUGUUUGGAACUAACACUUCUAGUCUUGAACUAUUCUUGAUGGGCAGGAAGAUUAAAGGACCAAGCUGGCUGGAAAUAAAAAACCCACAGCUCUCGAACCAGCCUGUCAGUUGGUGUAAGGUAGAAUUAGUGGCCCAGAAGCCUGACUUGGUGAACGUGGUGAAAGAUCUCCCUCCACCGCCUCUUGUGAUCAUCUCUCUCAGUAUGAAGACAGUUCAGAACACAAAGAGUCAUCAGAAUGAGAUUGUGGCUAUUACAUCUUUAGUGCAUCACAAAUUUUGUGUGGACAAAGCACCACCCGUACCUCCCUUUCAAACUCACUUCAGCGUUAUUUCUAAACCAAAUGAUUGCAUUUUUCCAUAUGACUUCAAAGAAGUAGUUAAAAAGAAGAAUGCUAAAAUAGAGAUUGCCACAACAGAGAGGACACUACUGGGAUUUUUUCUGGCAAAGGUUCAUAAAAUUGAUCCAGAUGUUAUUGUGGGACACAAUAUUUAUGGGUUUGAUCUGGAACUUCUUCUCCAGAGAAUUAACUUCUGCAAAGUUCCACAUUGGUCUAAGAUAGGUCGACUGAGGAGAUCAAACAUGCCAAAGCUUGGGGGUCGUAGUGGAUUUGCUGAAAAGAAUGCAACUUGCGGCCGAAUGAUUUGUGAUGUAGAAAUUUCAGCAAAGGAGCUGAUUCGAUGCAAAAGUUACCAUUUGUCAGAGCUUGUGGGUCAAAUUUUGAAAAUGGAAAGAGUGGCGAUUCCAUCUGAAGAGUUACGAAAUAUGUACAGUGAUUCCCGUCAUUUACUUUACAUGCUGGAGAACACCUGGACUGAUGCCAAGUACAUUUUACAAAUAAUGUGUGAGCUCAAUGUUCUUCCACUAGCCUUACAGAUUACCAAUAUUGCUGGCAAUGUUAUGUCGAGGACGCUGAUGGGUGGACGAGCAGAGCGCAAUGAAUACUUGCUCCUUCAUGCAUUUUAUGAAAAAGAUUACAUUGUGCCGGAUAAGCAACUCUUUAAAAAGUCUCAGCAGAAGCAGCUGGAAGAUGAUGAAGAUAUUGAAGGUGAUCAGAUCAAAUCAAAGAUAGGUCGAAAAAAAGCAGCAUAUUCUGGAGGUUUAGUUUUGGAUCCCAAAGUGGGUUUUUAUGACAAGUUCAUCUUGCUCCUCGACUUCAAUAGCUUAUACCCUUCAAUUAUCCAGGAGUUUAACAUCUGUUUUACAACAGUUACCAGGGUGUCUUCCAGUGUGCCAAAAAAGACAGAGGAUGCAGAAGAAGAAAUCCCAGAAUUGCCAGAUUCAUCGCUAGAAAUGGGAAUCUUGCCUAAAGAGAUCAGGAAGUUAGUUGAACGAAGGCGUCAAGUGAAACAGUUGAUGAAACAGCCAGACUUAAAUUCUGACCUCUACUUACAGUAUGAUAUCAGGCAGAAGGCUUUGAAGCUUACAGCCAACAGCAUGUAUGGAUGUCUGGGAUUUUCCUAUAGUAGAUUCUAUGCAAAGCCACUUGCCGCUUUGGUGACUUUCAAAGGCCGAGAGAUUUUGAUGCAUACUAAGGAGCUGGUACAGAAGAUGAACCUGGAAGUGAUUUAUGGUGAUACAGACUCCAUUAUGAUAAACACAAACAUUACCAACUUGGAAGAAGUCUUUAAAAUGGGGAACAAGAUAAAAAGUGAAGUGAACAAGCUGUACAAGUUGUUGGAGAUUGAUAUUGAUGGAGUCUUUAAGUCUCUUUUAUUGCUGAAAAAGAAAAAAUACGCUGCUUUGGUCGUGGAGCCAACAGGGGAUGGAAAAUACGUUACCAAGCAAGAGCUUAAAGGACUGGACAUUGUGCGAAGAGAUUGGUGUGAUCUUGCAAAAGAGACCGGAAACUAUAUAAUUGGUCAGAUUCUUUCUGACCAACCCCGAGAUGCAAUUGUAGAAAACAUUCAGAGGAGGUUAAUCCAAAUUGGAGAAAAUGUGGCAAAUGGCAGCGUUCCAGUAAAACAAUUUGAAAUCAACAAGGCAUUGACAAAGGAUCCCCAGGACUACCCAGACAAAAAAAGUCUGCCUCAUGUCCAUGUUGCCCUGUGGGUAAAUUCUCAAGAGGGUAGAAAGCUGAAAGCUGGAGAUACCGUGUCAUAUAUUAUCUGCCAGGAUGGAUCAAAUCUGAGUGCUAGCCAGAGAGCAUAUGCCCCAGAACAACUGAAAAAACAAUCAAAUCUUGCUAUUGACACUCAGUACUAUCUGUCGCAACAGAUCCAUCCAGUAGUGGCUCGUAUUUGUGAACCCAUAGAUGGAAUUGAUUCUGUCCUUAUUGCAGGAUGGCUAGGUCUGGAUCCCUCACAGUUCAGAGUCUCUCACCAUUAUCAUAAAGAUGAGGAGAAUGAUGUUUUGUUUGGAGGGCCAGUUCAGCUCACUGAUGAAGAGAAAUAUAAAGACUGUGAAAGAUUCAAGUUUGCUUGCCCAAAAUGUGGGACAGAGAACAUUUAUGACAAUGUCUUUGAUGGUUCGGGCCUGAUGAUCGAAGCCAGCUUGCGACAGUGUAGCCAAAAAGACUGUCGUGAAUCUCCUCUAAUGUACAUAAUGCAAAUUAACAACAAGCUAAACCUGGAUAUAAGAAGCCAUAUUAAAAAGUACUACAGUGGUUGGCUGAGAUGUGAGGAGCCAACAUGCCAAUAUCGUACCCGUCGACUUCCCCUUCGCUUCUCCCGGAAUGGUCCUCUGUGUCCAGUCUGUAGAAAGGCUGUUGUUAAACGAGAGUACUCUGACAAGGCCCUGUACACCCAGCUGUGCUUUUACCGGUACAUUUUUGAUAUGGACUAUGCAAUGGAAAAACUUACUGAUCAAGAGAAAGGUUGUGUGAAUAACAACAGACUGGAAGAAACCAAGGAAAACUACAAAAAACUGAAGAGCACAGUAGACAAAUGGUUGUCAGUGAGCAGCUACUCUGAAGUGAACCUCAGCAAACUCUUUCAGACAUUCAAUGUAGUAAAAUCUGUGGGAGAUCCCAGUACUUAAGCACUGUGUGUGGGUAGAAUGGAACAAAAGGCUUUUGUGGACUCUUUUGUAGGCAAAUAUCUUCCUUGUUUUCAUUUCUAGUUUUCCAUCUAUAGAUACACACUAGUGUUGUUGUAUCUUGUUUAAAAACACACAAGUAUACAUCAAAUAUUGGCUUUAUUUGGUGGUAAAAUAUAUUAAAAGGUCAUGUUAAAAGUCAGUAUAUAUAGUGAACACCUGUACCACUUACUUUUCAAUAAAUAUCUAUUUGUUGUAUAUCUGGACCUAGAAGGGAAGAAAGGGGUGGAGAAAUAGCUUCUUUAAUUGAAUAAUUCCCAGUGAGAGUUGCUGGAAUGUAAGUGAUCCUAGACUUUGCUCCAGGGUAGUUAGUAGAGGUGCUUUCAGGAAAAGAGGUUAGUGGAGGUCUCAGUAGGAGCACUAAUGUUUUCGCUUUUCACAAUUUAUCUACUUCAUGAUCAUAUACAUAGCAGUUAAAAACAAUACUACUGUAAAGCCAAAUUCUUCCUAUUAAUACUUGAUUCUAAUGUGAUCUUUAUUUUUGAACCUAUAUUUGAGGGUAAAUUUUCCACAAAACAGUAUUCAUUCAAACAAUAAAUAUUGUGCUGUAAAGAUGCAUAGUAACCACAUGGAAAUGAAUGCUAAAGCACCAAUUGACUUUUGUACAGGGCAAGGAGACUGUAUGUAUGCAGCAGAUUCUUCAUACCACACACACAUAUCUAAAUGUUACACUUUGGUUUCUUUGGGUUCAACAGAAUAAACAGUGGUGCUUGCUGUGGUGAGAAAAAGGAAACAAGACAUAAAAAUUAUUAUCAACCAACAAAUAAAAGUAAUUUCUAUAUCGUAUAAAGCAAAUAAAGCCAAGGCAAAGUUUUUAGAGAGAUUUAACAAUGGUGUCUAAUCUGUUUACUGCUAGUAAAAUAAUGAACAGAAAGGUUAACAUCAUUUAUUGAUACAUGCUAAAGUAUUUCUAAAUGUGUGUGUAAAGUUUUAUACUGUUGAAAGGAAAAAAUAAAGUUUUCUAAUGUAAGAAAAUUGCAGUGGUAUGCACCGACACCGUACCAGUGAGAUAUCACAGUGAUAUCAAUUUACACUACACAUUUUGUUGCUUCAUUUUAAAUUAUUUACUUUGGGGGUGGGGGGGGG